UUAUUGAGUCUUACGUAGAAAAACGCCAGGGUACAACAUAUGGACCACCGAAUCAACGGUCCAUGACAGUUUUUAUCGAUGAUAUAAACAUGCCAGUUAUAAACGAGUGGGGAGAUCAAAUCACAAAUGAAAUAGUGAGGCAAAUGAUCGAGCAACAUGGUUUUUAUUCUUUGGAAAGACCAGGUGAUUUUUCUACUAUCAUGGAUAUACAGUUCCUGUCAGCCAUGAUUCAUCCAGGGGGCGGACGAAAUGAUAUUCCGAAUCGCUUAAAACGUCAUCUAUGUAUUUUCAACUGCACAUUACCGAGCAAUAAUUCCAUGGACCAGAUUUUUAAAAGCAUAAGUGCUGGCUACUUUUGUUUGGAACGAUUUGAUGAUGAGGUUGUGCAAAUAAUACCUUUCCUAGUACCGUUGACUCGAAUAUUUUGGCAAAAUAUUAAGACAAAAAUGUUACCAACGCCAUCCAACUUUCAUUACGUUUUUAACUUGCGUGAUCUAUCACGUAUUUGGGAAGGCAUUCUUAAAGUAAAACGAGAAGAAUGCCGAACAAGAGUUCAGGUACUUAAGCUAUGGUGCCACGAGUGUACUCGAGUUAUUUCUGAUCGAUUUACGGCGGAAAAGGACAAAACUUGGUUUUUGGCGAGAAUGCGAAUUGAUGCCGAAUCUUAUUUAGGAGAAAUUUUUGAAGAUUAUCCAGAUGAACCAACCUUUUGGGUGGAUUUCCUACGAGAUGCACCAGAAGCGCAAGAAGAUGACGACGAAGAAAUGUCUUUUGAGCCGCCAAAAAUAUAUGAGGAAAUACCAAGUUUUGAUUUCGUAAGAGCGAAAGUUAUGGUUUUUAUGUCUCAGUUUAAUGAAUAUAUACGCGGAUAUCAUAUGGAUCUGGUUUUUUUUAUGGAUGCUCUCAAGCACUUAAUAAUAGUAUCGCGUAUAAUAAGCAAUCCUAGGGGGAAUGCCUUGCUUGUGGGAGUUGGUGGUUCUGGUAAACAGAGCUUAACGCGUCUUGCUUCUUUUAUUGCUGGCUAUAAAUUCUUUCAAAUAACUUUAACGCGUUCAUAUAAUAAUGGUAAUUUAACAGACGACCUUAAAUUUUUAUAUCGAACUGCUGGACUGGAAGGAAGUGGCAUGACAUUCAUAUUUACAGACAAUGAAAUUAAAGAAGAAUCCUUUCUAGAAUUUAUCAAUAACAUAUUAAGCUCUGGGGAAAUCGCUAACCUGUUUGCAAAAGACGAAAUGGAUGAAAUCUAUAGCGAGCUCAUUCCUGUUAUGAAAAAACUCCAUCCACGUCGACCCGCAACACAAGAUAAUCUUUACGAUUUUUUCAUAUCACGUGCCCGAUAUAAUCUCCAUAUAGCACUAUGUUUUUCGCCGGUUGGAGAAAAAUUCCGUAUGCGUUCUUUAAAGUUUCCUGGCCUUAUUUCUGGGUGCGUAAUAGACUGGUUUCAAAAAUGGCCGGAAGAUGCGCGUAUAGCUGUAUCCCGACACUAUCUGGCAGAGUUUCCGCUCGUUUGCAGUGACAAGGUGAAGAAUCAAGUAAUAGAUAUAAUGAGCUGGAUUCACGAAACUGUACAAGAAGCUUGUGUAUGUUAUUACGAUCGAUUUAGGCGAGUUACUUUUGUAACUCCAAAAUCAUUGAUAUCGUUUUUGGAAAGCUAUAAAUUAUUAUACAAAGAUAAGCAGAAUCAUAUUGUUAUAAUGUCUGAGCGCAUGAGUUCGGGCUUAGACAAACUUGAUGAGGCAGGGGCUUCAGUUGCUAUACUUAAAAAGGAUUUAAUCGAAAUGAAUAAAGUUAUCGCUAUUGCUAGUGAUGAAGCUGAAGAAGUUCUGGCAACCGUUGAAAAAUCAAAGGCAGGUGCUGAGAUAGUCAAAGUAGAGGUAGCAGAAAAGAAAGGUAAAGCUGAAGUUCUUGUUAAGAAUAUAUCGGCGGUAAAACAAGUUGCUGAAGCAAAGUUGGAAAAGGCUCUUCCUGCUUUAGAAGAAGCUGAAGCGGCUUUGAAAACAAUCAAAGCGGCAGACAUAGCCACUGUUCGAAAACUUGGAAAGCCGCCGUACCUAAUAACUCUGAUUAUGGAUUGCGUAUGUAUACUAUUUAGACGUAAGAUCAAACCCAUUCGUCCAGAUACAGAGAAAACUUUUAUUCAAAGUUCCUGGGACGAGUCAUUAAAAGUUAUGUCCGAUACAAGCUUUCUUCGAAAAAUAGUGGAGUACCCAACGGAUUUGAUAAAUGCUGAAAUGGUCGAUAUGAUGGUUCCAUAUUUUCAGUACCCGUAAGUAGUAAACCUAUUCCCUAAUCACUUGCAACUAUCA